ACCCGCUCCUGGGAGGGGAAGUGGGCAGAAGGCAGCUGCCGCCUCGGGACGACGUAGUAGACGGCCGAGGAAGAUGGCGUGCCUGGGUCUCCUCCUCCCCACGGGCUCCCUCCUCCUCCUCCUCCUCGCCAGCACGGCGGCCCGGGGGGAGUAUGGCGUGGUCCACGUGGUGUCGGACAACUGGAGCAAAGACUACUGUGUCCUGUUCAGCUCUGAUUACGUCGACCUCCCUCGGGACCUGCAGCACGCCCCACUCCUGCCCCUGCACAUCAGCACCACGACGCCCUGGUGCCCAGGCGGGGACGCCUUCCACCAGGCCCGGCCCAGCCCCCCAGACCAGCAGCCCCUCCGCCACACCACCGCCAUGGUCAUGAGAGGCAACUGUAGCUUCUAUGCCAAGGGCUGGCUGGCGCAGGGUCGGGGCGCCCACGGGCUACUGAUCGUGAGUCGGGUCCAGGACCAGCAGUGUUCAGACACCACCCCCGCGGCCCGGGACCCCCGCCAGCCCCUGCCCGACCUCACCAUCCCCGUGGCCGUGCUGCGCUACACCGACAUGCUGGACAUCCUCAGUCACACCCACGGCCACGGCGGCGUCCACGUGGCCAUGUACGCGCCCCCCGAGCCCAUCAUCGACGUCAACAUGGUCAUCAUCUUCAUCCUGGCUGUAGGCACCGUGGCCCUGGGCGGCUACUGGGCUGGCCUGACCGAGGCCGACCAGCUGCUGCGGCGCCGGGCCCGAGGGGGAGGGGGGCCCGGCGGACAACAUCAGCCGGGAGCCGCCGCAGCCGCGAGGGGCUGGGGGGCCCUGGAGGAAGAGGACGCCGACAGCGCCGUGGACUUUACACCAGCCAUGACGGGCGCUGUGGUCGUCAUAUCCUGCUCCAUCAUGCUGCUGCUCUACUUCUUCUACGACCGCUUCGUCUACGUCAUGAUCGGGAUCUUCGGGCUGGGCGCCGGCACCGGCCUCUACAGCUGCCUGGAGCCCCUGGUGCGCCACCUGCCGCGGCGCCACCGCCAGGCCUGCCCGCAGCUGCCCCUGCUGCUGCUGCUGGGCCUGUGCGCCGCGGUGACCCUGCUCUGGGUCGCCUGCCGCAACCAGGACCGCUGGGCGUGGCUCCUGCAGGACGCGCUGGGCGUGGCCUACUGCCUCUUCGUCCUGCGGCGCGUGCGGCUGCCCACGCUGCGGAACUGCGCCUCCUUCCUGCUGGCCCUGCUGGCCUUCGACGUCUUCUUCGUGUUCGUCACGCCCCUCUUCACCGGCACUGGCGAGAGCAUCAUGGUGGAGGUGGCCUCGGGCCCCGCACACUCCUCGAGCCCGGAGCGGCUGCCCAUGGUGCUCAAAGUGCCCCGGCUCAGCUUCUCGGCCUUGACGCUGUGCGACCAGCCCUUCUCCAUCCUCGGCUUCGGGGACAUCGUGGUCCCUGGCUUCCUGGUCGCCUACUGUCACCGCUUCGACGUGCAAGUCCACUCCCGCCAGCUCUACUUCGUGGCCUGCACCGUGGCCUAUGCUGUGGGCCUGCUGGCCACCUUCGGGGCCAUGGUCCUCAUGGAGAUGGGCCAGCCUGCCCUGCUCUACUUGGUGUCCAGCACCCUGCUCACCAGCCUGGCCUUGGCUGCCUGCCGCCAGGAACUUGGCCUCUUCUGGAGCGGUCAGGGCAGAGCCAGGACACCUACCUUGUCUGUGGCAGCGCUGUGCGGCUUUGAGCAGAAGCAGGAAGGCAGAGAUGUCUUCAAGUGGGAGGCGGCCGUCGACCAAGGGGCAGGAGACCUGGAGAGCCCCCCCAGGGAAGACCCGGCCGCUGUUGUCCCCGUAUCUGAGGACGAAGCCACCAGUCCAGAAGGCCUCAGCGAGAGCUUGGAGGGCUGGAGCGAUGCCAACCUGGAUCCCACCGAGCUGCCCCCCGCCUCCCCUGGGGCCUCGGACGAGCUGACGCCGCUGAUGCCAGUGGCCGUGCUGGUUCCUCUGAUGCCCCUGAGGCCACCGCCCUCGGAGCUGGGCCAUGUGCACGCCCAGGCCCAGGCCCACGAUGCCGGCCUGUCCCGGACGGGGCUACAGAAGAGGAAGGGCCUGCGAGUCAAGAAGAGCAUGUCCACGCAGGCGCCCUUGUGAGCGCCGUGUGGACCAGAGCCACGCGCGACAGCUGGAGAUCGGGCAUUAAAGAGAUUCCAUACGCAGCCGGGGCUCUUGGCUUGUUAGGACGACGGGACCGCAGCGACCGCAGAGCGAGUCUGGGCCGUGCCUGAGGGGCCCUCAGGGACCUCUGACAGGGCACGUGACCUGCUCGAGGUCACUCAGCAAGGUCCCCUCUCCCUGACUGCCCCAGCCCCCAUGCCAGAGCCCCGGCUCCAAAGACAAACCUUGGUUUACCAACUUAGCUUUUUUAUGUGAGACAGAGAGCGUGCUCUCAUCAGCUGGUUCACUCCCCAAAUGCCCACAACAGCCCAGGCUGGACCAGGCCAAAGGCAGGAGCCAGGAACUCCAAGUCUCCCACGUGGGUGGCAGGGACCCACCUACCUGAGCCGUCACUGUGCCUCCCUCGGUGGACAUUGGCAGGAGGCUGGAGUCAGGAGCCAGAGCCAGGAGUUGAGCUCGGGCCCUCCGUUGCGGGACGUGGCACUGCCAGCCCCAGCUCCUCUGCCUGUCUCAACCCCAGCCCGUCCCUCCACCCCACCCCGCCCUCUCUGCCCAUCUCCUGCCCACACUCAGGCCAACAGGACAGUGACCCGAUCUUGAUCUCUUGAUUUUUUUUGGGGGGGGGGGCUUGGUAAGCAUUUAUUUACAAAGCUAUUUACAUGUGAAGCCCAACCAUUUAGGUUAGAUGCUAUUGCUGUUCAUACUAAAUGCAUUAUGUGUAUUUUACUAGUUUUAACCCUGAUGUUUCAUGAGGCACCAUGCCUCACAAACUUUCAGGUUCCCAUUCUUUUGUUUGAGCAUCCCUACUUUGAAGGUUGUAAUUAGCAUAGGACUAAGUAGUCUGUGAUUUGGUUAGCAAUCACUUAUUUUCAUGUGUGGCAUUCCUCCCCAAAUAAUUCUUUUAUUUCCACUUUGCUCUUACUUCAUUCAGUUCUGAAAUACAAGUGCCCAGCAUAAAGUCAAGGUGUCCCAUCUUAAUCCUGUGAUGAGCAAACAGCCAUUUUUCCAAUAACAUCCCACAAAAGAUUUUCCCACAUGUCAUUAUAAAUUUAACUCAAUAUUAUUUUAAUUACAAAUAUUUUAAAGACAAACAGGUGACUAAAUAUGAAAUAGUCAUAUUCAGAAUAUUUGUUUACAGGGCUAGUUAGCUGAAGACAACCUUUCAUUAAGAAAACCCCACUGUUUCAGUCUGUUUACAAAGGAAACAAAAAGCCCAUAAAAAGUAGAAUCCAAAACUAAGUUUUCUUUUCAUGUCCACCUUUUCUUUCUGGAUGUUUUUCUUCAAUAGCUUUUCAUACAGAUAAGCUUCCAGGAUUAGCCAGAAAUGGCUGCACUUUUCAGCAAGCUGUCCUUUCAAUGGGAAGACAGCGACCUGCACUGGUAGUCAGUCAGCCUUUAUCCAAGUAAUUUUCCAUUAAGUAUCUUCCAGAUGUUUUGGAAUUUUCUCCUGCACCUCAGCAUCUACACAGAACUGCUCACUCACACCGAAGAGCGCCAGCGCCAUUGUUCCUGGCGCCC